AAACGGUCCUUCCAGACCCGCUUUGUGCAGAAGGAUGGUAGCUGCAACGUCUACUUCAAGAGCAUCCUUGGGGAGUGGGAAAGCUACGUGGUUGACAUCUUUACCACUCUGGUCGAUAUGAAGUGGCGUCACAUGCUUGUCAUCUUCACCUUGUCGUACAUUCUGUCCUGGCUGUUGUUUGGCUUUAUCUUUUGGAUCAUAGCUCUUCAGCAUGGAGAUCUGAGUAACAUGGACAUAGCUCCCUGCGUUGACAAUGUGCGCACAUUCGCGGGGGCAUUUUUAUUUUCCUUGGAGACACAAACAACCAUCGGUUAUGGAAGCCGCUGUGUAACAGAGGAGUGCCCUGUGGCGAUUAUAUUGGUAACCAUCCAGUCAGUAUUAAGCUGCAUCAUUGACACUUUUAUUAUUGGGGCAGCGAUGGCCAAGAUGGCCACUGCCCGGAAAAGAGCACAGACUAUACGUUUUAGUUACUGUGCCCUUGUAGGGAUACGGGACGGCAGACUGUGCCUCAUGUGGCGUAUUGGCGACUUUCGAUCGAACCAUGUGGUUGAAGGAAACGUGCGAGCUCAGCUUCUGCGUUAUCAUCAAGUUCAUGAGAUGGGGAUCACCAUGGAAUACAAAGAUCUAAAACUGGUGAAUGAGCAAAUAAUAUUGGUUACACCAGUCACCGUAGUCCAUGUGAUUGACCAAGACAGUCCUCUGUAUGCUCUAGAUCGUAAAGCCUUGGCUGCAGAUAGGUUUGAGAUCUUAGUGACUUUCAUAUACACGGGUGACUCCACUGGAACAUCCCACCAGUCUCGAACAUCCUACCUGCCAGUGGAAAUCCUCUGGGGUUUCAGGUUUAACAAUAUCCUGCAGACGAAGAAGAAAUAUUACAAGGUAGACUGUGAGCGGUUUGAGGACGUUACUGAGUACUAUGCCCCAUUUUGCAGUGCCAAACAGCUUGACAUAAAUGCCAUGCCUGCUAGUCCAACCACAAGCUCACCGCCCAAUGGGCUCAUCUUCAAGACACGUCCAACACCAGCACAGAAUGUGUUAUCCAGUGAAAACAAGACUGCAAGCUCAAUGAUCAACAUCUUACACAUGUCUGAAACGGCGGAUUCUAUACUUAAAGAUUUACCUAAAGUAGCCUCCACCGGCUCAAUGGCCAAUGGGUUAUUCAAUGUGUCGCAGAAUUUGGCAAGCGUGGCGUCUCUUGGCCCAACCUCAAGCUCAACGCCCAAUGGGUUCACCUUCGAGACACCUCCAAAACCAGCGUAUAAUUCGUUAUCUUGUGAAAACAAGACUGAAGGCUCAAUGACCAACAUCUUACACAUUUCUGAAUCAACGGAUUCUAUCCUGAAUGAUCUAUCUACAGUAGCUUCCACAAGCUCAAUGCCCAAUGGGUUUUUCAAUGUGUCACAGAAUAUGGCAUCUCUUGGUAAUUUAGAUGACAAUAAAGAAAACUUAACAGGAUAUAACAUAAGACAGGACACCGAGGACAAGUCCUAUCAGAGGGUCUUCAAGACUUUGAGUAAUAUGUAG